AUGAUUCAUGUCUACAGCGUGCAACCUUCUACACUCCAGGACCUCAAUACCUUGACCGAUGUGUGUAGGGAAAUGGCAGCCGCGCAUGCGCAAGACGACCCGUUAGAGUGUGGACAGCAAUGGGGCAUGAUCCAGAACCGCAACGUCAAGCGGAGAACCGGAGCCCGCCCACAACCUACACCUGGUGCUGCUCCGGCACCCAAGCCGAAGCCCGAGUCUACGGUACCCUCCAAACGCCCUUUGCAGACGAAAGCAGCUCCGGCAAAGUCGGAAAGCAAGCCCGAUGAGUCUCAGCCUACCAGCGAUUCUCAGUCUUCUGUCAAGUCUACUGGAAAGCCAGCAGCUCCCAAGCGGGAGAAGAGUAACCUCUUCAGCUCGUUCGCAAAGACUAAGCCACCCAAGCCCAAGCCAGCAGAAUCGGCUACACAGAGUACUGCGGAAGAUGGUCAGUUAUCCUCGAUCCAAAUUGUAGACGUCAGCUUACAGCCUACAGUGGUGCUAGAUGAUGCUUCUGAGGAGGAACAGGAAGAGCUCUUCCCUAUCAGCGGCGACAAAGCUCCAUCCUCCAACCGCGAAAGCAAAAAGGAACGAGAAGAGAAGCUCAAGAAGAUGAUGGAAGACGACGAUGCCGACGAUGAGGAAAUGAUUGAUGCCGACGAGGAGCCCCAGCGAGAACCCACACCGGAGGAGCAACCGCUUCCACCUCCAUCCAAGCCCGCCGAGCUGAAGGAGGAGGUCACUGUGCAGGGUGGACGUCGUCGCGGGAAGCGGCAGGUCAUGAAGAAGCGGACGGUCAAGGAUGAGGAGGGGUACCUGGUGACUCGAGAAGAAGCUACAUGGGAGUCAUUCUCUGAAGAUGAGCCCACCCCGCCCAAGAAGAAACCCACGGUGAAUGUCGCCAAGGGCAAGACGGGCAAACCUGGAGGUCAGGGCAGCAUCAUGUCGUUCUUUGGAAAGAAGUAG